AUGGCGGAUAUGAAGGCGGCCGGCGCAAACCAGAUGAACGGGUCUACGGCGCCCAUGCAAAUGCGAAACCCCUACGAAACCAACCCUAAUCGCAUCCCCAACGAUGACCCGUUCCUCGCCAAAAGUGCGCAAUAUGGUCGUUAUGCGCCGAGCGAUGAGGAUUUCAUUCCUCGUUUCAUGCAGUGGUAUCAGCCCGACCCAGAAGUGAACGCGUUUUGGGAGGGCAUUGCGCAGAAAUAUUGUACACCAGAUCAUUCGCUCCACAUCACAGGGCCGAGGGAGGCGUUCGCUGCUGGGAGUAUAAUCAUUUGGGUUGACCGCCAGCUGGCGAAUGGCGCGAUGGCGGAGCGAUACACCUGUGCCAAUGAGAAUGAAUUAUCUGCGGCGCGGAAGGCAGAGGACAUCCUCCGGGAGAUCGGUGUUUCAGUGCCAGUGAUCUAUUUUUGCGGAAAGAUCGAGGAGAGGAAUGUUACAAUCGAGUCUAGGAUUCCCGGUGUUUCGCUGGACGUUGCAUGGAGAUAUCUUGACGCAAACCAGAUUAAUAUCAUGAAGAAUCAGUGUCGCCAGAUCUUACAGGUCCUAGGUACAAUUGGCUCGCCCUCAAACGAACCCUCCUACGUCUCCUCCGCGCUCAAUUCCCAAACACCGCCUUCCGUCGAGCCUCGUGAGCGAGAUAUCUUGUUCUCGGAAAAGGAGCAGGAUGAAGAUCUAUGCCUAGCACACAAUGACUUGACUCGAAGCAACAUUAUCGCUCGGGAUGAUCGAAUUGUGGGAAUUGCUGGUUGGCGACAAUGCGGGUAUUUUGGCCCCAUCAGAGCCAACAAGGUCCACCGCCUCUUCAGAGAUGCGCCACGGAACGAGAACGACCAUCUUGAGAAGGCAGACACCUGGGCUGACCUCUACGAUGGUGAUUAUGACCCUGCAAAAGGUGCUUCGCUAGUCGCGACCCAAGACACAGCUCUGCCUUCAGUCAAGACCGAACCAACAAGCUCUACUUUGGACAAAUUCCCCAUCAGCGACGACUUCGAUACGAAAUCAUUCGGUUACGAUGGGGCGGACGACUACCCGACGUCGAAGAAAGUCUCUGACCUCAGGCACGGGGUGACGUCCAGGGCAUCCUCAUCUGACCGAUCAUCACCAGCAAACUCGGUGAAGCCAUCAAACAAAAAGCCUGCAGGCAGCGCCGCCAAGAAAGGAACCGCCAAAAAGCCAGCACCAAAAAAGCGCAAAGUGAAUGACGCAGAUGCAGACAGCCUCGACGAGCGCCGUUCCAAUACGCCAGUCUCCCGAGCUAGCAAGACCCCUGCAAGGAAACAAGGAUCCGUUUCUAUAGCAGGAUCGCCAGCACCCGAAGAGAAGAAAAGGCCCAGAAAGAAGGGACCUAAGGCAGCCGCCGAGGAUGAUGAUGACGACUUCGACGAGAAUGCACUCUUUUGUGUUUGUCGCCGACCUGAUAACCAUACCUGGAUGAUUGGGUGCGACGGCGACUGUGACGAUUGGUACCAUGGAAAAUGUGUCAACAUGCACCCGCGAGAUGCGGAAUUGAUCGAGCGGUAUAUCUGCCCGAAGUGUGCAAGUGAGGGCAAAGGACACACGACAUGGAAACCAAUGUGCCGUCUAGUCGAGUGCCGUAAACCGGCGCGCGCCACGCGAAACAACCCGAGCAAAUACUGCUCUGAUGAUCAUGGCCGGGAAUUUAUGCGCCAACAGACCCAACAGCUCAAGGCCAAGGCAAAUAAAACCAAGGGCCUCUUCGAAGACUUGGGUAGCAUGGGUGGCAUUCUCACAGCCAGUGACCUAAAAGCCGCCAUCAUGGGCGUAUCAUCCACACAUGAAUUCCGAACACUCGGAGACAGAAUCGUCUCCCCUCCACCCGAAGCCAACGAGACAGAAUCCAGUCCAACGGAUGACAAACCUCCAUCCCAGUCGAAGAGCGGGAAAUGGUUAAAUUUCGACGUCUACGCCGAAGGCACAGAAUAUUCACCCGACGAAAUUGCCAAAAUCGAAAAUCUCCGCAAACGACACGAAGGAUUGAUCCAUCGCAAGGAAAUGCUCACUGCACGCUCGACAUUCGUAUCACUCCUCCGCCCUCGAGCAAAGGGCAUCGUCGAAAAAUUAAAACAGCACGAGCCUAAAGGUGGCUGGAAAGAUAUCUGCGGGUUUGACUCAAGACUUUCCUGGUCUGACGAGGAAUUCGACGAGUGGCGACUCUCAGAAUCGGGACAAAAAGCUUUGGCGGAGGGCACAGUCGAAACUUUGGCUGCCGGCUAUCGUUGUACCACUGAUGCAGACGGCGAUACAGCCAUGGACGGCGAAGCCGACACUAGCAUCACAGCCUUGACGCAAGGAGUUUGCACGAAGAAGCGGUGCGAGAGACAUAAACAGUGGAUUAAGGUUCAGCAGCAAGAUAUCGUCUUCGAAGAGGAGACUGCCGCGCAAGAUCUUGCCAAGUGCGAGGAAGAGGCGAAAUCUGUUGUUGAGAGAGGUGUUAUGCGGAAAUGGGCUGAAAGGGAUAACACCGUCUGA